AUGAAUUCUUCGUUAUUUAACGAGGAGGAUAAAGUUUUACUCUUAGGCGAGGGUAAUUUUUCCUUUACCAUUGCUUUAUUUAAGAAGAAUUUAAAUAUCAAUAUUAUUGCCACUUGUUAUGAAGCAGAAUUGAAAAAAACAGCCGAAAGCAAUGUUGAAUUUUUGAGAGCAAACGGUGUUCAAGUUUUAACGAAUAUUGACGCGACGAAAUUGAAUGAAUCUGUCAAAUUUGAGACGAAAGUUUUUGAUAAAAUAAUAUCAUUAAUGAUUUUAAAUUUAAUAUUUAAAAAUUGUUAGAAAAUUUUUAAUAUUUUAAUGAUUUUAAGUCUAAUAAUA